GGUAGGAAACAAAAAUUAAGGGAGUUUAGACAGAACUGCUGCUGUUUGACACGUAGACCAUCGGUUUACGUGUAUAGAGCAUAUCCAAGCGCCGUGAUUUCAACAUCCGGUGCACAAUGGCAGCAGGCACGAACGCAGGUGCUCCAUCUGCUAAGCAGCCCAAAGGAUCAAGUGGAGGAAAUGGAAGUGGAAGAGGCCCACAGGUCAAGAGCCGAAUGCAGAGUCUGUUUGGCUUUGAGAAGGAGGACCUGUCCUCAUGGCACCACUUCGUCUGCCUCCUGAAUCGCCCCACUGACCCGGCAUCGCUUGGGAUCUUCCGCUGCCUCUAUGGUAUGUUGAUGGCUGUGGACAUCACGCAGGAGCGCGGCCUCAGCCACCUGGACUAUAAAUACCUAGACGGGGCUCCUGUGUGCCGUUUCCCUCUCUUCAACUUCCUGGAGCCUCUGCCUAUGGACUGGAUGUAUCUUGUCUAUCUGGUGAUGUUCCUUGGCGCUGUUGGUAUCAUGCUUGGCUGUUUUUACCGCCUCUCCUGCCUCAUGUUCAUCUCCACCUACUGGUACGUUUUCUUCCUGGACAAAACGGCUUGGAACAAUCACUCGUACCUCUACGGGCUCAUCGGCUUCCAGCUCAUGCUGAUGGACGGCAACAGAUACUGGUCAAUUGACGGCCUCCGUAACCCCAGGAAGAAAAACGCGCAUGUGCCGUUGUGGAAUUACACUUUACUCAGAACGCAGAUCUUCAUAGUCUACUUCAUUGCUGGGGUAAAGAAGCUGGAUGCUGAUUGGGUGGAAGGUUACUCCAUGAAAUAUCUGGCUCAUCACUGGCUUUUCGACCCUUUUAAGGUGAUAUUGCCUGUGGAGUGGGUCAGUCUGAUGGUGGUCCAUGGUGGAGGUCUCAUCCUGGAUCUCUCGGCCGGCUAUCUGCUGUUUUUCGACACCACUCGGCCGUUUGCCUUUUUCUUUGUCAGCUACUUUCACUGCAUGAACUCGCAGCUGUUUGAGAUCGGAAUGUUUCCCUACACCAUGCUGGUUACGAGUCCCCUAUUCUGCUACGCCGACUGGCCCAGGCGCUUCUUCAGCCACUUCCCAGAGUUCCUUUGGCCUGUCCUGCCCACUGUGACUCCGCCUCCCCAACCAAGCGCCUCAUGUCUGUACCCAAGUCUGUCAAGCGGCUCAACCGAGCGAGCAGACACACAGACAGUUCCGAAACCCUCCACAAAACGCUUUAGACACAAAAUAGCUGCCAUCUUCACCAUGCUGUACAUCACGGAGCAAUUUUUCUUGCCCUAUUCCCAUUUCAUUACAAAAGGCUACAAUAACUGGACUAACGGACUGUACGGCUACUCGUGGGACAUGAUGGUUCACUCUCGCACUCACCAGCAUGUUAAAAUCACCUACAAAGACGGAGUAACAGGAGAGAUCGGCUACCUGAACCCUGGGGUUUUUACACAGAGUCGGAGAUGGAAGGAUCAUGGAGACAUGCUGAAACAGUACGCUGCCUGUCUAAGUCGCACUCUACCCCAUUACAACAUCAGCAAGCCCCAGAUUUACUUCGACAUCUGGGUGUCCAUUAAUGACCGCUUCCAGCAGAGGAUAUUUGACCCCCGUGUUGAUAUCGUGAAAGCAGACUGGUCUCCGUUCCGUACCAACCCGUGGCUCAUGCCGCUGCUGGUCGAUUUGUCCCCAUGGAGGACGAAGUUUCAAGAGAUUGAAGGGACACUGGAUAACCAGACAGAGGUGGUUUUUAUAGCUGACUUCCCAGGCCUGCAUCUAGAGAACUAUGUGAGUGAGGAUCUGGGGAACACCAGUGUUCAGGUACUGCAGGGUACCGUGAACGUGGAGAUAGUGAACGAGAUGAAGAACUACACACUCAUUCCAGGGGAAAAGAUGCAGCUUCCUGCUGGAGCAUAUCACAAAGUGUACACCAUGAACGAUAUCCCGUCCUGCUACAUGUACAUCUACGUGAACACCACCGAAGCAGCGCUGCAGAAGAACUUAACCAAGCUUAUGGAGCUUAAGGAGAAAGUCCUCAACGGGACAGAGACAGAGCCUCUCCCCCCAGAGUUGCAGCCACUUAUAACCGGUGUUGAUGAUGAUGGGUCAGAGGUCAACGCCACAGACCCACUGGUACGGCUCUUCCUCAAGCGUCAAAAGCGCAUACAGGAGGUGAAAAAGCGACGAGAGGCGCCCCUAGUCGAAAGGUUCAACCGAUUUGCCACGAAAAAAUACUACAUGAUCCGACGAGGGUUUCUAAUGACUGCCAUUGCCAUGAGAAACCUGGCCUUCGGUUUGCCUCCUGUGGAACAGCUCAAGAGAGAAGUGGACUACGCCAACAUGAAGGAACCUGAGACCUACGUCAACCAAAACGAGCAGGUCAAAGCAGAGAUGGGACACGGAGAGCUGUGACAUCACGCAUGGAUGCUAUUAAACUCUUGGGAACAUUUUCCCAAGGUCUGUGAAAAGGUGUACGGUUAUAAUAGCGUUCAAAUUCCAUUAGCAGAACACAAAUCCAAUUUAGACUACAUAUUAGGUUUAAUUUCUGUAUUAUUUCAGAAAAUGAAAUCAGGUACAUUUUUGUUACUGAAUUAAAUUAAAGAUAAGUUCUUAACGUUAAGUGAUUUCAUGCCCAAAACAUUAACUGUUACACACUAUGCAAACUAAACAAUGUAUUAUCCCAGGAUAGAUUGUGGGAAAUCUCAUUGUGCUGCUGUAUUUUUAUCCUUUAAUAAGCUUCCAUAUGGGUUAGCUGGUUUGUUUACACGUGAAAUCCCCUUGAAGCAGUUCAUGUGAGCGUUGAUGAACAAAUUUUUAAAUAUACAAGAUAAUUUUUUUAAAUAAAAACAACGAAGCGUAAAGUUCAGAAUUCUU